AUGAACUGCCGAAGCACCAGGCGGUUCCCGGAGAGGUCCAACGUGCGGAGCCUCGUGAGGGACCAAACGGCUCCUGCAGGGACGCCCGAGAAGCGAUUGCCUGAAAGGUUGAGGGAGCCGCAUUUCCAGAGGGUGCUCGGGAUGGCCCCCUCGAGAUGGUUCCCGGCCAACGAGAGGUACCUUAGGGAGGAUGAGGAGUUUCCGAAGAUGUCGUCGGGGAGGGGGCCCGAGAGGGAGUUUCCGGAGAGGGCGGAGAUUUUCGGGGGCAGAUUGCCGGAGAGGGAGUUGCGGCUGAGAUUGAGGCGGCGGAGGUUGGGGAUGAGGGCAAGGUCGGGGGUGAGGGGCCCCGUGAGGGCGUUGUUGGAGAGGGAAAGGGAGUUGAGGGAGUGUAGCCUGUCGAGGCCGCGGCCGAUUUUACCGGAGAGGGAGAGGUUGUCGAGGGAGAGGGAGGUGACGCGGCCGGUGGCGCAAGGGGAGGGGUCGUCUUCGUUCCAGGAGGCGAGGGAGUUGGAGGGGUCUUGGAGGCCUGAUUUGAAGACGAUGAGGCCCAGGACGUCGUCGUUGAGCUGGCCUCCGGCUGAGGACACGAGGACGGUGAGGAUUAGGAAUGAAAGGAUUAGGGAGGAGGCCAUGGGAGCGAGCUUCCCUAUUUUAGAAGUUGAAAAACAUGUUGUUGAGGAGCAAAGCAGAGGGUCCUCGAGCAAGGGUAACUCGCCGAUGGCAGAAGAACCGCCAAUCUCCAUGGAGAUUGAGGUGGGAUCUCCGUCGACGACGAUAUUGAGAAAGAGGGGUAUGAAGCUUCGGUCGAUCGGAUCGCCGAAGGGAUCGAUGAAUAAAUCAAAGCGGCCAAAGUGA